AUGAUUGAAAAGUGUGUUCUUUUAGCGCUCCUGGUUGCCUUCGCCAGUGCCUCACCACUCCAGGACAAUGGCCUGGUCAACUAUCGUGAGGCCCUUGACAUGUUCCUCGACGCCUGGAAGAAGAUGUUGCCAUGUGGCUUUGCUGCUGACAAUAUCCCAGUCUUGGCUCCACUGACUCUCGAUUUCUACGCCUUCAACUACGUCAAUGGAGACACAAACCUGGUGGGCAAUGUGAGCAACAUCCGCAUUUCUGGUCUCAACAACUUCCAGGUGCUCAGUGGCAGUUACGACGAGAACACGACGCACGCCACCUUUGACGUUCUGUUCCCUGCUCUUCAAAUUUUGGGUUCCUACGAAGUGGAGGGUGUUCUGAGCAUUGGCGGUCUUCCACUGCCCAUUCGCCAGAGUGUUCUGAUUAACAAGAAAAUCACUGACUGGCGCUUCGUGGGCGAAUACACCUUUGGCCAGAGCCUGAGCAACUCAAAUGGACUGCGCAUCAAGGACUUCUACCUACAGAUACUUUGUGGCUGUUUCAUCAACUCAUUCUCUCUGUUGUUCACCGAGGAGAUUCAGCCUUAUGUUAACCCCAUGUUUGCAAAGUAUGUGCUGCCCUCCAUCAAUAGCCUGCUCUCCAAUCUCGAUAUGACUGAGCUGAGCAACUACUUUGCUAUGCAAGCGGAGCUGUGGAACAAUGCCGCCUGCAAUGUUAAGGCUUAA